AUCAAUCGAAAAAUCCAUCAUGCCAGAAGGUCCUGAGCUUCAUUUGGCCAGUAGAUUCGUAAAUCAAUCCUGCAUUGGGCGCAUUUUCAGUGGGAAAAUUGAAAAGAACCCGGUGCACAAGUGCAGCGACGUUGAAUUCGACGCGACAGAGUACACCAUCGCCGCGGCCUCCCGGGGGAAGGAGAUGCAGCUUACGCUGACAAAGCUCGAUCGUGUUGACAUUGGAAAAUCGGAAAGUAGCGAUGGCGGUGGCGACAAGAAAAAGAAAACGUCAAGAGGAAGGAAGAAGAUCACUACCCAGGAUCAGGACGAGACAGAUGACAAGAAGAAAUUAAAGAUUCCUGAGACACUAAAAAUCCUAUUUCGAUUUGGGAUGUCUGGAAACUUCCAAUUCACCACAAUGGACGACAUCCACAAGCACGCCCAUUUGAAAUUCUACACCAAUGAUAAACCUCCAAUGGUCUUGAGUUAUGUUGAUAUUCGCAGAUUUGGACGUUGGGAGGUUGGUGCAGAUUGGUCCAAAAACCGUGGUCCUGAUCCCAUGUUCGAGUAUCAGGCAUUCAGGUCUAAAGUGGUGGAGAACAUCAACAAUGCAGCUUUUGAUCAGCCAAUCUGUGAGACUUUGCUGAAUCAGAAAUUCUUCAAUGGAAUCGGCAACUAUCUGCGAGCAGAAAUUCUCUACAGGUUGCGUAUCCCUCCGUUUGAGAAAGCAAGAACCGUCCUGGAAGGACUGAGUGUUGAACCACCUGAUGUGAAACCAAUGAAAGGAGGAGCAAAGAAAGGAGCGCAACCAGAUUUACUCCAUCUGUGUCACACAGUGCCUCUUGAGGUUAUUGCUAUAGGCGCUGGUGGAUACACUGCCGAUGGUAAAGCAUCCGACUACUCUGAUUUCAUGAAAUGGCUUCAGUGUUACUAUCAGGACGGGAUGAAGAACAUGGUAGAUCAUAAUGCUAGGACCAUCUGGUUUUCAGGACCACCAGGACCAAUGACACCUAAAGAUGAAAAAUCUCGCAACAUCAGAAGUCCAAAGAAACGUCCAAAGGCUACUGACACUGACGAUGUACAAACUACAGUGAAGUCAAAAAGGAAAGAAGGGUCUGACAUUGAUGCCCCCCAAAAGAGCAGUAAAAGACCACCAAAGCGCAAAUCGACCACUACCUCUGCAACAGAAGCAGUACCCAAAGCCCCACGACCAUCACAGAAGAGGAGAAAUUCAAGUAAAGAGGCAAGCGGUGAGAAAAGUGAGGAGAGUCGGAAAGGAAAAAGUAAGAAUGGGAAGGGAACUUCAAAAAGUGUGCAAUCCGGAAAAGAUUUGAAGAAGAAAGCUGCCAGUGUGAAGGGCCGCAAGAAAGGUAAAAUAAACGCACUAGCUAAAGAAGAUGAAAAGGCAGAGAUUGUCAAACAGAAUGGAGUUACGAGCAAGAGAGGAAAAGGGCUGCAGAGAACAAGUAGGAGGUCAGCAAAACAGAAAUGAUUUAUUCUGCAUAAAGGAUAUGUUCAUCAGUACUGAGUCAAAUUCAAUGGAGAUAUUGGAUGUCAUUUACGAAAUCAUGAUCAUCAGGCAACGAUGGCAGUUAUUUCCAAAAGUCCAAAAGGGUAUUAGUGGAUAUCAAUAGAGGGCAUAUUGAAGGUCUAUAGAUGCUAUCUUCCUCAUGUCCAUUAUUUUUGUAUUAGCCAAGUCAAGGAUCACAUUCCAAUUGAAAGUUGGGAGCAACUGUGGUCCCUGGUGAUGAAGUUUGAAUAGAAAUUUCUUAAAGGCAAUCUUUUUUUUGUGUUCGUCACGACUACCUGACAAUCAUUGAAUCCCGAGGUAGAUCCAGGAUUUUCCAGGGGGGGCACAUUUUCCUGAUGAAUAUUUGACAAAAAAAAAAAAAUGUCCUCACUUC